AGGUGCGAUGGGGUCUCGCUGCAGCAUGGGUGGCCGCUCUUGGCUUAGCUGUGGUCUUUUUGUGCUGGGUCUUUGGUGCAUAAAUUUUAGCUGGGUGCAGCCAUUGGAAUGUUCCCCUGCCAUUCUGCCUUCUGGUGUCAGUGAGAUCCUUUCUUCCAGACAACAUGGCUUUACCAUCACAUCUAAAAGCAGCCAGUUCCUACAUAGUUACUGGCUUCUGCACUUUGAAGCAGCUCCCUUCUUGGGUUCUUCCCGACUACAGCUCUGGGCCUGGGUACCAGUUCCUCCUCAUGCCUCUGAGCUCAUUCUAGAGCUCAAGGACCACGAAAGGGCACAGAGGAUCCUUCUGGACACUUUCCCUAUUAUCUUCUCAUCGUAUGAGUCGGAAGGAGGAGUUCUAUUGGAGAUCUACUGUUUGCUAGUGUAUUGGAUGGAGGUGGUGCCUAUCCUCCUGGCAGAGAAGUCUGUGUCCACUGAAAUCCCCGGAGCCAUCCUGAGGGAAUGCUCUAGAACCCAAGACAAGCGAGAUGCAGUGCUGCUCUUCGUAUCCUCGUCCUACGCUCAACCAUCCCUGUUUCACCUGCCUUACGUCCAGGAGCCCUUUAUCCCCGAUGUGGAACAGCUGCUCUUAAGCCCGAACCACCAAGAGGUGGACCGUGACCAGGUUCAUCUCCCCACACAGAAGCUCUGUCACCUGCAGGAUCAAAAGGUGAACCUCUACAGAGCUUCUUGGGGCCAGUGUAUUGUGGCACCCAAGACGUUCAGCUUUCCAUCCUGUCAGGGGAACUGCCUGGCCCUGAACAGUGAGCUCCUUCACUCCAAUUUCGAAUGCUAUAAGAGGGAGGCACCCACCUGCUCCAGGCUCUUUCAGGUCUGUAGUCCUAUCAAGGCUCGUCUCUUCUCCUUGAUGGUCCAGGACGAUGAACACAAGAUGAGCGUGCACUACAUGAACACGUCCAUAGUAGAGAAGUGUGGCUGCUCCUGAGAUCCCCGUGGAGCUGCUUGUGGGUCUGAUAACCGUUUACGUCUUAGUGGUCUGUGAAAGGUCUUCUUUCCAGAGCUCUUUGGGGGUCGACGAGGGGAUUUGGUUUCAGUUUUCCAAAGCACAGUCAAGAUGGAGAUGCAGGACUCAGCUCUCCGUAUAUAUUUCUCUUUCUAGGCAGAAUCCAUGGCAUUAUUAUUCUAAGGCAUUGGUAUCAUUGAGAGUCUGGGCCCAUUGGGUAUCUGGUUGCUUGUCAUGAAUUGUCUGGGGAGGCCAGGUUUAACGGCCAUCUUAGAGGAUACUUAGAUGGGGGAACAAGAACUUAAAUGAGUGUUUUCCCCUCUGGGUUGGACUGAAACUCUACUGUUUAAAUGAGGCCCUAUUUUGGAUUUU